AAAAAAAUCUAAAAUGUCACACUUGUUAUCAAUGACGUAACGCAAUUUUUGAACCCCUUAGCCACUACACUAUAAUAUUCUCUUUUGUCAGAGAAAUUUUACCAGUUUAUAUAUAACCAAUAAAGUGUGUUUUUACCCUAUUUAUACAAAAUAAUUUCUUGAUGACUAGGAUUCAAUUGAACCCCUCUCUCAAGCAUAUGUUACGCAUCAUUUAUUUUUUUCAUUAUACAUAUGAGAAAGGGGUAUGAGACAUGGGGAGGGGAAUACAUGACUCACCUACACGAUGAAGGUUUGGAUAGCUAUCGGCUCUUUUUUGUUCUUUUAUGAAUUUUAGGAUUUUGCCCAAGAAAAUCUUAAGACCGUGCAAUUAAUUAAAUGAGCUCCUUAAAUAAGUUGCCAAGAAUGGAAAUAAAAUCAUAUUUUUGUACUCGGAUCCUGUAUUAUGGGUAAGAGAUUUUGCCGAGGAGCGCUAGGUUACAACUACUUAUUAUACAUUCAUGAUGAGAAAAGAUAUUUACACAAUAUUUAGAUAACUUAUUACAAAGUAAUCACGAGCAAUGUUUUUAUAGUAAGCAUUAAUUUGUAAUAUCUUAAAAUUGGUAACUAACCUUUUAUUACAUGUCAAACUACAUUAAUAGAGUUUAAACCCUUUGUCUCGCCUUCUUUGUCAAGUUUUGGGAGUUCAAUAGUUGUGUUUCGUCUCACUCUAAUUUCUGGGUAUUUUUCCUUCGAGGCGUCUCUAAAAUCCUUCUACUUUUUGUAGUUGUGGAGUUUGCACUUAAAUGCAAAAGUAUUAGAACUUCUAUUACUAUAUUUGUUUUUAAGUUUCUUUCUCAGAUUUCAACUCUUUUAAAUUAUCUUGACAAGUCGUACUGUGUUAUUAUUGUUGUGUAGGUGACAAACUGGAGAAAUCACUUAUUUUCUGUCUGCUUUAUCAAGUCAUCUUGAUGGAACAUAGUCCCCAUGAUCCUGUCUGUGUCAUAAAAGUUGACGUCAACUGUUGUACAGCAUGUCAAGGAAAGUUGAGGAAAUUGCUAUUAAGGAUCACUGGUGUCUUGGAAGUUUCUUAUGAUCCAAAAACAUAUUUGGCUACAAUAAGAGGCAAAUUUGAGCCUUUGAUGCUGAUUAAGGCCAUUGAGGAAAAGGGGAAGAAGGCAAAGCUGGUAUCUUAUUCCAAUCCACUUUAUGAAGCACAUACUAGCACAAGUAGAAAUUCAAAUCACCACCACUUUGAUAAGACUGAUCAAAAUGCACACAAUAAAGAAUAUGCUUAUCGUAAGGACAAGGGCAAAGCUAAAGUUGGUGAUGAAAAGAAGAGAAAUGAACAUUGUUGGAAUAGUAGUGAUGAUGAUGAGAAUUCUGAUGAUCGUGAUCACAUUCAUGAGUGUGAAGAUUAUGUGAAAGCAAAGAAUAAAAAGUAUGAAGAUUUUGUGUCAACCAAACACAAGAAAGAAUAUCAUAAAGCUGAAGCUUAUGUGGCCCCUCAAGGAGUUGAUGAAAGAAUAUGCAGGGAUUACUACUGCAAAAUACAUAGAAGAGGUGGAGGCAUUCGUGACUAUGUAAGUCAAGAACAAAGACAGAAACAAUAUGCUAUGUUAAUGCAAAUGGGAGGUUACCCUGCUGGAUUUUUCAAUGGACAAGCUAGUUAUAUGCAACCUCCAUAUCAAUAUUAUGGGCCAGAUUAUGGCUUUUAUCCCCUGGCCCAGUCCAUGUCGGGGGCAAAUGACUUCACUCGCUAUUUUGCCGACCAAGAUUCUCGCACUUGCAGCAUUAUGUAAAGCCAAAAGUUUCUUUUAGGUCUCCACUAUUAUAUUUUGUGAAGAUUCUCUAGUUCAAAAUUUUAGUUUAGUUUUUUUUUUUCCCACAGAAAUUAUGCAGUACUUUACAACUUAUGAU